AUGCGAAAAGGUCAGCGCCUUAAAUUAUGCGCAAUUGCCAAAAAGGGAUUUGGCAAGGAGCAUGCCAAAUGGAAUCCGACCGCUGGUGUUGGCUUCGAGUAUGAUCCGGAUAAUGCGCUUCGUCAUACAUUUCUGCAAAAACCAGAGGAGUGGCCACGUUCAGAGUACUCCACCCUACCAGAGAACGAGCAUCAAGCUCCUUUUGAUCCAAAUGGAAAGAUAGAGGAGAACAACACAAUGCUGAACGAUGAGUUUAUUGCCCAGCGCGUCGGACUUAUUCCUCUAACGUCAGACAAUGUCGUGGAUAAGAUGGCUUAUUUUCGUGAAUGUCCUUGUCGUGAAUUCUGCGAACAAUGUUCUGUGGAACUUACACUAGACGUGUGCUGCACCACAGAUGCUCCUAGACAUGUGACCGGUGCGGAUUUGCUCAGCAGCAACCGAGAAGUUCAACCUGUCCCUUCCAGAGAUGCAGACGAUUCAUCGUACGUUGGUCAGGAAAGCGCUUUUAAAUAG